AUUAGCAAACACGCGACGUUCCGUCUCAUUCUACAGGUGCAAUCCUUUCAGUGUUUAGAGUCUCUUUUUUAAAUGUUUGCAAAACCGCAAUUCGAUAUCCAUCGCGUUAAAGUUAAUACAACCGAUCAUUAAAUGAAACAUGUACCCGUUCACCGAUUCAUCAAGACUCUGCUAAAACGUCAAUGAAGACAAAAAAAAAAUUCCUGCGCUUCCCGAUACUCCGACCCAUCGCGAAUUGUCUUUAUGCUUGUGCCCAGAUAACACAAGCCGAAUAACGCCGCGACAUGCCAGAUCACUUGUACCGCAGGUCCCUUAAUCAAUGGAGGGCUGUUUGACAAUUAACAGUUUAUUAUUUACCGCAUAGUGCGCAAGAGCUACAAGUGCCGUAACCAACUUGGUAUGAGUGUCCAUUUAAUAAGUUAACGCCCUGCCACGAGUGUCUUCUCCUGCAAAGAGCGACAUGAGGGAAGGUUUAUUUUGCGGGGCAGGUCGCCUGAAUGUGGAACGGGGUUCCGUCCUAUUAACCCUUCAAGGGCCGCUAUGAUCCACGCGAAGCAAUCAGGGAAGAGUCCGUAUGAGAAGGACAAAGUGAUGGGAAAGGGGCUGAGCCCUCGUCGAACAGGGCGAGCCGGCGCAAGAACCGCAUGUGCACGGGAAAGCUUGCCAGACAGGGCAAUGAAUAGCAUUACCGAUGGAGCCUGCGCAUCCGGUUAAGACUUUUAGCUAAUGUCCUUUAAGAAAAGACAGCGGACUGCAUAUUGAUUGUCAUGGUUACCUCGAUGACAAAACAGAUGGAUCACCCUAAUGAUGGCUACAAAUAUACUUGAGCAAACUCGCGCAUCUGCUCGGAUUCUCUUCUGUGGUCGGAGAGAAGGUGACUGUGAAUGAAUGAAUGAAUGAAGGAGGGUCGGUUUGGGGGCUAUCGAUGCUGAUGCUGCUGCUUUUCUGCGCUGUCAACCAUUAAGCAAAGGCGCCAGGUACAGAAGAGAAAAGACUUGGGCACAGAAACCUGGGAGUGCAGCUACGUGUUGCUGCAGCUCGCGCGCUCUCUGAUCGGAUAUUUUCUUUCUUUCUUUCUUUCUUUCUUUCUUUCUUUCUUUCUUUCUUUCUUUCUUUCUUUCCUCGCCUUUUGCCAUUAAAAGGGCACGUCUGCCUCUGUGUGUUUUUCGUCAGUUUAAUCUGAAGAUGCUGCAAGCCUGAGAUUUGUGGAAACACCCUGCUGAUCUCAUACAGCCCUGACGUCGUGCCACUUGGUGAAGCACAAACCAACAUGCCGGGUUUAAUUAACAGAAGCAAAAAGUGCCCUCUGCCGCUGAGCUCCUCAGAGAUCUCUGCCUGUGUGCGAGGCUACACAUUAGCCAUCACUGCCUCAUUGAGUUAUGACAACAUGGAAGAUCAUCCCAUCGAAGGUCUCUUUGUGUACCCACUGGAUGAGGGUUCCACUGUGGUGGGCUUUGAGGCUAUGAUCUCAAGGAGGAUCAUAACUCUUCAAGUCAAGGACAAAGCAAAGAUUGACGACUGCUACUAUGACUGCUGCACCUUGUCAAAUGGGACCUUUCAGAGUGGCACUGGCCGAAUUGUUUUAGAUGAAGAUCUGGAAAGCAGCGUGCUAGUUGUAAACCUGGGGAUCAUCCCACCAUUGGAGACAGUGACAGUGCUAGUAAGCACCUCCUCAGAACUGGCAACUCUUCCUAAUGGAGCGAUCAGAGUGCUCUCCCCUUCAGUGUGCACUCCCAGAGUUCAGCAGCCAGGCAGUGAAGAUGCCAACUUGGCAGAGCACCAGUUCCGCAGAGACCGGCAUCACUGCACCCUUGGCCCACAUGAGCCGAUGGCCAGUAAUCAGCUCUGCCUUGCUUGGUUACUGGAGGAUGAAACCAUUAAUUCCAUAGACUACGAGUUUAACUUUCACCUGGAGAUCAAAGGACCGUGUCUGCUAGCAGCAGGUGUGGAAAGUCCCACGCAUGCAAUCCGAGCUGAUGCUGACCCUUCUGCACACUCUGCUACAAGUGUGGUCAUCACAUUGGCUGACAAGUACACCUUUGACCAGCCAGUGGAGAUUCUCAUCUAUCCAUGUGAACCCUUUGUGCCACAUAUUCUGAUUGAGGAGGGGGACUUAAGCACCGAGGAGUAUGAGGAACAUUUGAAAGGACGCAGCGAGUUUAUUAAAGGAACCAAAAAGGAUGCCAGCUGUGAGAAGAAGGCAGAGAUCAUCCGCAAGCGUCUUCACAAGGACAUUCUCCACCACCCUGUGGUCAUGCUUAACUUCUGCCCCGAUUUGAAGGUGCUACCCCAGGACCUGAGAAAGGUACAAGGGGAGUUUGUCUUCCUUAUUGAUAGAAGUGGAAGCAUGAGCGGCGUCAACAUCAGCCGUGUGAAGGAUGCCAUGAUUGUGAUUCUGAAGAGUCUUGUGCCAGGCUGUUUGUUUAACAUCAUAGGAUUUGGAUCGACAUUCAAAACACUCUUCCCUGCCAGUCAGAUGUACCAGGAUGACACUCUAACAGCUGCUUGUGACUACAUCAAGAGAAUCAGGGCAGACAUGGGAGGAACCAAUGUGUUAGCCCCACUGAACUGGAUACUCCGGCAGCCUGUCUACAGGGGUCAUCCUAGACUGCUUUUCCUGCUGACUGAUGGUGCAGUGAGCAACACUGGGAGAGUCAUAGAGCUUGUCCGCAACCAUGCCCGCUCUACCAGGUGCUUCAGCUUUGGAAUUGGACAGAAUGCAUGUAGACGGCUGGUUCUUGGACUGUCCACUGUCUCCAAAGGCUCGGCUGAGUUCCUGCUUGAAGGUGAAAGACUUCAGCCAAAGAUGAUAAAAUCAUUGAAGAAAGCGAUGGCUCCAGCUUUAACCGAUGUGUCCAUCGAAUGGCUCUUUCCAGAGACCAAAGAGGUGCUCCUGUCUCCAGUUGGGAGUAGCUGCCUUUUCCCAGGAGAUCGGCUUAUUGGCUACAGCAUAGUGUGUGAUACCAUGCGCUACCACCCAAAUCCAAAAUCUGAGAAACGCCGACGAUACAGCAUGAUGCAUUCCAAUGACUCGACCAGCUCUGUUUUCUAUCACUCCCAAGAGGAGGACCUGUCCAAAGAAAGUUCAGACAGUCAGAGGACAUCGAGAGAUGUGACUUUAGGCUCUCAGGAGGAGUGGGAGCAAGAUGCUGAGCGAGACUCUGGAACAGAGACUCACACAUCACCACGGAGGAGGGCAUACAGCACCAACCAGUUGGUUGACCCCUUUUCCCUCAAGAGAGCCUUCACUGCUAGUGAUCCCAAUGCUGUGGCCAACAAAAACCCUCUGAGACGGGCAAAGGUGCAGGACUUACUGGUGCCAAACAGUCCUGAGACUGGAGGACUAUGGAUAGCAGACAUGCAGUCUCAAGUGUUAAGUCUUCCUGCAUUUGGAGGAAAAGGCAAAGGAGCUCCAGGCUACAAGGCCCCAGUGAUCUGUCAGAGCCCAGAGCUGGACGUAAAUCAGUCGCCACAGAGCAUCCCUUCAGCAACCAAGGGGAUAUUCCUUGAGACCAGAUCCUCAUUGAGUAGCUGUGGUGAAUACGUUUAUCCCAUCGAUCUCUCAGCUAGCAAGUCUGAAUUUGGACGGUUUAAGCAAAAGUGCAAAGCAGUAGUGUCAGGGUUGCUGUAUGGAAAGGCUGUCCAGUGGGAGGUUACCUUUGACAUCUCACCAUUGCUGAAAGGGCGAGAACGUGAAGAAAAAGUUCAUGAAGACCUAUGGAGCGAGACCUUUCAUCAUUUGGCAGCAAGGUCCAUCAUCCGUGACUUUGAGCAAAUGGCAGAAAGAGAGUGUGAGAUUGAGCACGGAUCUGGGAGAAGAUACCAGCUCAGUGCCAUUCAGACCAGCAAAGCUUGCAACAUAAUAAGCAAAUACACUGCAUUUGUCCCAAUCGACCUGGACAGCAAUGAGUACCUGCCAACAGUGGUUGAGUACUCCAGCACAGGUGAUGGACUGAAGCCGAACAGCAGUAGAGGCUCCCUGUCUGGCAGCCGAAAGCACCGUGGGUACUCUGUGGGACUAGGGCGCUCCCAGUCUGGGUGCACAUCAGAUGGGACAGAUGAUGGCUUCUCUUCUCUGAAUGCUGAAGACAAUAACCUUUCUCCAUGUAGCACACCUUCCUCCUCAGGAUGGGAGAGAUGCAGCUUCCCAGAAGGUCCGCUGAGAAGCCCCUCUGUUUCAUCGGUGCACUCCCAGAAAUCGAUGGAAAGCCUCUUUUCAGCCAGGUUGAGCUUAAGCAGAACACGACUAUUGAGCCGGGCUGCAAGGGGCUUCAUGAGCAAAUCUCCCAGCAAAGUUAGCGAUGCCGCCUGUGAUGGAGAGAGUGAAAAUAAUGACUACUUACCUCUGGUGUCCUUGCAGUCAGCAUCAGGAUAUUUCAUGUUAAACAGUACGUUCUGUGAAGCAAUUAAUAUCCCUCAGGACAAACUAAAGUGGACCUCCCCAUUUGCCAUUCAUCGCACAAAUGUCACCCACACAAGCUCUUCCAAGCAGGAAGAUAACUCCUCCAAGAACAAAGCAGAUGCAGAUGGCCUUACCGAGUCCUCAAGAAGAGAAUUUCCUGAUGAAGGUGCUGGAAGGAUACGUCAUUUCUCUGGAAGCCUUGCCGAGACCCAGUCAAGAAUUUUAAAGACAGAGAAUGAACUGUCACCUCCUGCCAUCACCCUGCGCAGGUUCUCCUCCCCAGAGCAAAACCAGCUAUAUGUGGAACCUCAGGUGGACAGCGGUCGAGGCUCAGAGGCAGACAGUCUGGAUGCCCCCAGUUGUUCCUUGAAGGACAUGGAGCCAGAAGGUUUGAUUUGGGCCACUGCAGUGGCUCUGGCUUGGCUCGAGCACAGCUCGGCAGGGUACUUUAUCGAAUGGGAGCUGGUGGCUGCCAAAGCCAGCAUUUGGCUGAGCUCACAAGAGAUUCCCGAGGGGCGAGAUCUUGUAAGCGUGAAGGCUGCUGCAAGGCAGCUCUUUGUCCUGCUUAGACACUGGGAUGAGAACCUGCAACUGAAUAUGUUGUGUUACAAUCCUAACAGUGUUUAGAUUGUUAUCCUGGAGGAGGAAGAGGAAGAGGAGGAGAAGGAGGAGGAGGAGGAGGAGGAGAUGGGCUUAAGGCUCCAGGGCCUUUUGGCUGCCUAACUAGAGCCUGAGAUGCAGCUGCUUGUGCCAGCCUCAAAUCAUCAGUAGUUCAGAAUAAGGAACGCUCUCUUGAGGUUCUUGGAGUGCACCAUCCUUUCUUUGUAGGUCAAGCUUUCAGUAGUCAAGACCAAAUGUUGAUGGAUUUCAUACGUGACCUUUCACUCCAUAUUUGAAGUCGAUACUGAAGGCUUUGCCGUUGUGACUUCUGCCAUGCACCCCAAAAAUUCUUCACCUAUUGGCUUCUGCAUUCCUUACUCAUUGGUGUUCAUGGUGAAGGAAUAUCUGUAUGGCCAUCAUGACAGGGGUUCCUCAUAGCAUGUUGAAGCAAUGCUGGCACAACUCUCUGUGCUUUUCAUGCCACGGUAGGCAUCAUGCCUUGUUGUUUUCUGAAGCAUUAGCUGCAUAGACCCACUGGAAUGAUGCAGCUGUCUUCUAAAACUCCAUGUAUAAAGUGUGAAUACUUUAAUAUCACUGCCAGUGACAUCACAGAUGAAUAUCCAGAUGAAAAAUGAGUCUUGCUGCUCCUUCAAUGAUAUGCAACUGUAGACUGUUUAGUUUUUUUAACACUCUGUUCCAGUAGUUCAGGAAAUAUUUGUGGGCAUUGCUUUAAAUCUGUGCAGCUGGUGGCGUAAUCUUUGAGAAGUAGACUGCCCGUGCAUGAAGAUGAGCAUGACAUGCUGGAUGAAGCUAACGUGUGUGUAGUCUUGAGUUGAAUUGUGUUGACUCUGUUGAUCUUUAGGGCAGCUUUUAACGGUAGUGGCAUGGGAAAUAGGAUUAAAGUUAAGGGAGCUACACUUGUGUUUUUUAUGGUCAUCCACUUUGGAAUUUAAAAAUGCUAAAAUGAUACUAGUAAUGACAAGAGUGAAAGUUUUAACUCAAAAUUUGAAUGGGGCUAAUUGAUUAUCCAAUGCAUAACCACCACCAAUUCUUGCACUUAUGCAUAAAAUUUGUGAUGUCUUAUUACUCAAAUCUGCAUUGGGGUUAGAUUGGUGUGAAAUUGACAUUUUUUGUCUUUCACUUUGAAAGAUUUUGGAAACAGUAAUCAGGGCUUUUAAAUAAUGUGAAAGAAACAACGAAAGAGAAUUGGGUCUCAAGUUGGCUUUCUCUUGUUUAAUGAGAAGUUGCAGAUGCUGAUGUGUUAAGACAGCACGGGUGCCUGUUGAAAGCACAGAGUGUUCCCUGAACUUCCACAAUUCUUGGGUCAUAACUGAUAAUAUCUUGUUGCUGCUGAUUUUUUUAAGACCAGAGGCAUAGGAGUAACAGAUGAUGGUGAAGUUCAUGACCCAAACUGGGGGUCACAGGCCUUCUUCCGGGUCAGUGACUUCGGAGCUGCAAAUGAAGCAGACAGAUAUUUGAAUCCCAUAUUGUCUUCUACCUCUGUCUUUGUUAUUCUCUAAGCUUGACCCCAGCAGGCAUAUAUGAACUAUUUUGUUGUUUAUAGGAGGAUGAGUGGUUCUCCUCAAAGGUGGCCUUGAAAUUUAGCUUGGGUAGACAUAAGUAGACUAAACUCUGAAUUCCAUCUCCAGUAGAUGCACAUCAAAUGCUGGCUAUAAAGACAUGAUAGGGAAUAUCUGCUACACUUCAACUGAACCAGCCUUCCACUACUUGUCCUCAUGAGAACUUUGGGUUACAUUACAUUUCAUACCUGUUGUACACUUGUCAUCUCUUUGCGUUCUUGACGACAUGACGUUCAUUCUUUUGUUCUCUCAACACAUGCUAUGUUUGAGUUUUGAGAUGGCCUUGUCCUUGCUGUCUGCCACUUUGGAGCUGCUUUGUGCUUACAUUAUUGAAUUUAUUUAUUAUUGAAUAGAACAAUAAGAAAUGUCAAAUAGUUAAUAGAAUUCGGUGAAGUAGGUCUUUAAUUUUGAUCUCUCCCAAUGUAAAUAACCACCACCUCUUCUUGACAUCUUUCAUUUCUGCCCUGCUGCCCUGAGAAUCAACCACGGAUCUGGGAAAGCUUUGGCUGGGUGAGCAUAGCUCAGUGGUCAGAAGAACUGCGCCACAGCUCCAGAGUUCUGCAUUCAUAUCCUGGCCUGAUCACUAACUGUACUGAGUUUGUGUGUUCUCCAUGUGAUCAUGUAGUUUUUCUUCUUGUGCAACACAAUUUCUAUUCUCAUCCCAAAAAUGUGUGGGUUAAGUUGAUUGGCAUAUGGACUGGCAUAUUUUCCAUGUUAGUUGCUGUUUUCCAAUUGAUGUUAUGGAAUUGGUGCUGGUCUUCCAUGAUCCUGAGUUGAAGUAAGAGGGUCCUAAUAACUGAUGAAUAAUAAUCUGAAAUAACCAAAACUCACUAUACACUGUUUAUAUUGAUGGGUAUCAGUGAGUGAGUUAAACAGUUAAACUGUUUAUUUAAGAAGCCUAAAGUAUUAAAAGAGAAAAGUACUGCUCAGGUCAGCAUUGUGUUAUGUAGGGUAUCAUUUUUGUAAUGUACACAGAGAAAUGGGAAAUUUUAGAAUUAGGUGUUGGCGACUCCGGGGCGUCAGCAGUUGUUUGCGACCAAUGUUUAGAACGCCUGGCCAUUAGUUAUAAUGGGGCAUUUAGUGGUACAGAACAAGUGUUCAGUGCAAAAGCCUUUUAUAAGAAUGGUGAUAGUGUGACUGCUGCGCAAAGGGAAUUUCAACGUCAUUACCAGUUAGGACAUUAUGAUUGUGUCCCGUCUGCUCAGGUGAUUGCAGCAUGGGCGUGUAAUUUCAAUGAAAGGGAGCUUCAACAGGAUGGAGCCACUUUGCAUACUGCCUGACAAUCAAUGGCAGCUAUCCAACGAUUAUUUGGAAGGUGCAGGAUAAAGAUGGAAACGUACUCACAAGAGAGGAGAGUGUGUUGAGCAGAUGGAAAGAGUACUUUGAGAGGCUGAUG